GUAGCGGGAAGAAGGUUAGGAGCAGGAGCAGAGUUCUGGGAAGCCGCCAUAGCGCGUCGUCGUUGAAAAAGUAUGGUGACGAUGAGUUUGAUGGAAACGAUGAACAAGAGCAGAAAAGAGUGGACAGCGAUGAUGAUGCCGAAAUGGCCAUGAUGGCAUUGAUGAUAUGGAAGAGAGGAUCUGGAAGGGAUGUUAAUUCCUUCGUGGCUAGAACACCACGUUCGAGUGUCGAUGCUGGACAUCCUGUUGUCGUUACUAACGGUGUGGACACCUCGAGUCAAUAGCCACCAAUCCUUUGGCCAGGCAUUGAGUCAUAAACAAAUGCAGCUAAGCCGGGAGCCACCGUCGCCACCGCCACGACUACCGCGAUCAAACAUAGCCGCUUAUCACCAAAAUGAUUUUCCUAGGCCUCACUCAGGCGCAAAGUCACCAGCUAUGCGAAAGUGUCUUCAGCAAACCCAACAGUCACAACAGCAACCUUCACUUUCUGGUGGUGGACGCAGUCAGCUGAAUAGUGGAUACAGCUCUUCUGGGUCCUCUUCUGCAGCGUUGACGUCGUCUUAUUCGUCAACUCAAUCGAACAAUAGCUCGUCUGCUUCAUCUCUGGGUUCGGUUGCAGCAUUGCUGGAAGAAGAAAACGGGCGAUGAAGGAAAUUCAACAGCAACAGUAUCAUUCUGGAGGGGCUCGGUCCAAGAAUGCAAUGCUCAAUGUCCCCACAGGAUUUCAUUUGGCAACACAGCCUCGAGAGGCUCAUCACGUAGGCAUUCGGACCAUGCUCAACCGCUUCUCGGCUUCAAACAAGGAUCACACAACACGGUUAUGACCGCCGCUGAGUGUGCAUGACAAAGAAAAAAGAAAA